CAGCUGCUCAUGUUCUCCUGUCAGACCCAGGGGGAGAACCAACCGUCUCCUAAUUUUAACCAGUACGUGAGGGACCAGGGGGCCAUGACGGACCAGCUGAGCCGCCGCCAGAUCCGCGAGUACCAGCUCUACAGCCGGACCAGCGGCAAGCACGUCCAGGUGCACGGCAAGAGGAUCACGGCCACCGCCGAGGACGGCAACAAAUUCGCCAAGCUGAUCGUGGAGACCGACACGUUCGGGAGCCGCGUGCGGAUCAAGGGGGCCGAGAGUGAGAAGUACAUCUGCAUGAGCAAGAGGGGAAAACUCAUCGGGAAGCCCAACGGGAAGAGCAAGGACUGCAUCUUCACCGAGAUCGUGCUGGAGAACAACUACACGGCGUUCCAGAACGCUCGCUACGAGGGCUGGUACAUGGCCUUCACCCGCCGGGGCCGGCCCCGCCGCGCCUCCCGCAGCCGCCAGAACCAGCGAGAGGCUCAUUUCAUCAAACGCCUCUACCGGGGCCAGCUGCCCUUCCCCAACGCCGAGCGCCAGAAGCAGUUCGAGUUCGUGGGCUCCUCAUCCCCCACUCGCCGCUCCCGCCGCACCCGCGGCCCCCGCACGUAACCCCGGAGCUGUCCCGGCUCCCGGCGCUGCGGUUUUCCUCGUUUUUUAAAAGAGAGAAAAAAAAAAAAAAAAAAAUGGUUUGGGUUUGAAACGCCCUAAGGGUGGGGAGGGGAGGGUCAGUGAAUCCUGAAUCCUGGGGUGUCCGGGGCUUUUGUGCACUCCUCUCAGGGGUGGUUGGUAAAUCCUGAUUCCUGGAGCAUCCGAAAGCAUCCGGGGCCGUUGUCCACUCCCCUCGAGGAUGGGCAGAGUCCUGGAGUAUCCCAGGGUCUCCAGGGCCUUAGUCCACUCCUUUCAGAGAUGGUCAGUAAAUCCUGAAUCCUGGGGUGUCCAGGGCCUUUGUCCCACUCCCCUCAGGCAUGGUCAGUGAGUCCUGAAUCCUCGACUAUCCCAAGGUAUCCAGGCCUUAUCAGCCCUUUGGAGAUGGUCAGAGGGGUCCCAAAUCCCUGGAGCUUCCCAUGGAACACACAUUCCCCAGCCAGGGCCUUUGCCCACUCCCUUCAGGGGUGGGCAGUGGGGUCCUGAAUCCCUGGAGCACCCCAAGGAGUCCCCACUCCCCACCCCGUGCCUUUGUCCCCUGCUCAGCCUGCCAGAGCCUUGUCCCUGUAACCACCCCUGGACACGUUCCCGUCCCCCCUGGCCUCAGCUCUCGGUUCCAGGGGUGGUCAGGACCCGCAGAGUGUCC